AAUUUCAGAGCCAUGUACCGACAGUCUAUGGCUAAUGGAGCAGCGGCAAGUGUUUUGUUCUUUAUAUUUCUAUUUGUUCUUGCUAGACACAUGAAGAAGCUGAAGGUGAAGCUUCCCCCAUCCAAUAAACCGGAAGAUGAAGUUCUUCGGGAGCUUGAGUGCGGAAAUUUACCACCACCAUAUUUUGUGAUACCAUCCCAGCCACCUCCAACUUACCAGGAAGCACUCAAAAUGCAACAAACCACCAACACAUGAGAACAACUCACAUUUCAAAGUAUGAUCGGCUCCGGAUUCCUGUGCAUGAACGUCCUUGAACCAUUUCACAAGACGCCCUCCCAUACGCAUCAAUUCGGAUCUAGUGCAGUCUAAAAAAGAUCUCGAAUUUAAAAAUUGUUUGGUGUUCGUUCUUGUAUUAUAGGCACGCGCAAAUUUUUCAAAUUUUGGCUUCAAAUCCCGAGAACGUUUCAAAAAUUCGCGUGAUUAUAAUAUACGACCAGUACCAAUGUUUUUGCGUGUAUUUCUAACGGGUUUACGAAUAAUAAAACUUACGAUUUU